ACACCGUCGUCUUCCAUCUGUCAUUUCGCGUAUAUAUGUAUGUAUGUGUGUUAUCUCUUCGUUUGAUUAUUGUUUUCUUCCUGUUUAUUUGUUUCUUCUUUACUCGUACGGGGUUUUGAAAGACUUUUCCACCUUUUAUAGUUUUCUUUCCAUUCUUUCUCUUGUUUCUCAAACUUAAUUUGUGUUUAGAGUUAACUUAUUAUCCUAUCUAUCUAUCUAUCUAUCUAUCUAUCUAUCUAUCUAUCUAUCUAUCUAUCUAUUAUCUACGUAUCUACCUAUUCCUCUCUCUCUGUCUCUCUCCACGUACACACAUACACAUCUCAGUUCCUCUUAUACUUACAUAAACAUACAUACAUACAUACAUACACACACGCAUGUAUAUAUAUAUAUAUAGAUAGAUAGAUAGAUAGAUAGAUAUAGAUAUAUAAAUAUAUACAUGUAUUAUAUCAUAUUAUAUUUACAUAAGCAUAAGUCCGUCUCUUCACCUGUCGCGUUACGUGAAAAUCUACGAAGCCUUACUACCACCACUGCCAUCAUCAUCAUCACCAAUAUUAACAACGACAUCGACCAAAAGGAUUCCGGGAUUUACACGAAGACCAACUUAACAUGCAAUUUAGUUAUUGGGUCACAAAGUUACAUUUGUCAAAUGGCGGAAGAAGACAUACACGAACGCAGACACGCUCACGUGGAUUCUUACGCAAUGGCAUAAUGAUGCUUUCGACUUUUCGCUCCCAAUAUCUUGGCCCACAUCAUAUCACCCCGUGUAAAACCUUGCACACGUUUCUUACGCACAGAGAAAAAUCUCACAGUGAGCCUAAAUAUGUAUAAAGAUGCAAUUCUUGGCUUCCUUGCAUUGGCGUAACACAUCGUAUUAUAAGAAAGAUGGUUAAAAUAUCAAAUUGAACAUCAAAGUAAUAUAAAAUCUACAACUACAAUUUCCACUAUCACCGUACUACAACCAUCUCUCAUCUCAUAUAUAUAUUUCUGAGAGAGAACGUUGCAAAAUGUCGGGCUUGAGCCAAAUUUCCGAGAUGGAAGAGAAGCUUUGGCAGGUCUACGAAACGAAUACAGAAGAGCCGGUCGAUGUAUACGCAGUCAGUUUUCGAACUUCCUUCGAGAAGCAGAUGAGCGCCUUUCGAAUGCUGUCCGCUGGAGCAAUAGAGAGAUUUUCAAGGGAGACCUUCUACCGGAUGCUGUUGAGUGUCACUCGUAAGAAACACCCAAUUGAAUCGAUAAGGCCGAGCCGAGGCGACGCUCUCAGCUACAUUAAGUCGCUAGAACAGUUGAAACGCCAAGUGAAUUCUUUGAAAAGAACCAAAAGACGUAUAUUGUAUUCAGCCGACGAAAUCGAGAACAUUGGACGCUAUUUUAAAGUAUUUUUCGAUGACCUUGAGUACCUACGCGACCUCAAAUCUUACUUUGACGAACGUAUUCUGAAAUACAUCGUAGAAAUUAGCAAUCAAGCUACUUUAUCGAUCCUGUCUCGACAGAGGAUAAGAACAGGAGCAGCUGCGAGAUCUGGGACAACUUCAGCAUCGGGAACAUGGUUGCCAAAACUGAAAACAAUCAAUGCUAAAAGCAAAAAUUCGCUGGAAAUUAGCGCCAAAAAUGAAAUGAAGAACAUAACGCAUUUGGUGAACACUUUAAGGUGUUUAGAAAUAAAAUGGGCCAAUGUUUUAAGAGAAGAAGACAUUGAUUCGGAGAAUUACGAGGCAGAAACGCGAAAAGCAAUGAUGAAACAACGAGACCGAUCGUGUUUCGAAUUAAUAUGGUAUUUGAUUCCGGAUCUGUUUGCUAAAGCGUCGAAAGCAGUGAAAUUGUCGAGGCAGUGGGUCUUGAAGAUAACAUCGUAUUAUGAUAUUCUGCUCUCUGCUGAUAUCAAAAUGAAAACUAAGGAAAUUUUAGCGAAAAUAGCGGAAAUUAAUCGAAGUAUUGCGGUGGAUGAAGAAAAAAUAAAAGUUUUGGAAGUUGAAAUGAAACGACUUUCGUUGAAGGAACAUCGCCAUAAUCUUUUAACCAAAGAUUAUAACAGCACAAAGGAAAAAAUUGACCGCGCCAGUUCCAGUUACCAUAAAACGCAGCUGGAACAGAAGUCUUUGAACCGAAAGUUACAAGAUAGCAAUUCUUUAUCGACCGACGAAUACAAUAAUCUCACGUCAAAACUGGAACAAGUCAAAUGGAAAAUUUCAACUUGUCAAACAGAAUUAAAGAUUCAGAAAUUUAAUUUAUCGCUUUUGCAACAAGAUCUCAUUUUGGAAGCUGACAUGCGCUCGACUUUCAUCCGGUUCCAGGAAACAGUCAAAGAAAUGCUGCAGGGUUUGAACUCGAAGAUUGAAAUGAAGAAAGAAACAAGACGAAAACUCGAGAAGGAAAUCGUGUUGCUCAAAGCAAACAACCGGAAGCAACAGGAUUUGACCAAAGAUGGCCGUCUGUCUGGCGAUGUGGCUGCUGAAAAAGAGGAGGAUAACAACGGCCGUAACAACCAGAGUGAUGAUGCUGAUGAUGAUGCUGAUGACAACGAUGACGACGAUAAUGAUUAUUAUUACAACGACGACGAUGAGGAGGAGGAGGAAGACAACGAAGAUUGUGGUGAUGAUGAGGAUGAUGACGUCGGUGAUGACAUAGGAGACGGAGAAGACAGUGAUUACCUGGACAGCGAAAGCGAUGUUUUCGUGCAGAUAAGUGAAAGACUGAGCGAACCCAGGACUUUCGAACAUUUCAACCAAAAUGUCUAUUUCUACACAAACAGUGCCAAAAGCCUAAAACAGAAUCACAAACGUGAAGUACGCUACAACGACAAUGUGACCGUCUCGAAAAUUCCAAACGAUUCUGAUAUAUUUAUAACGACGCAGCAUCGAAACCUCGAGAACUUAAGCUCUUAUCUCAAUAGCAAAUCACACAGCUCCAACAGCAUACAAAGGAAAUCCCGAAUUCCAAGGUUAAAGGUGCAAUAAGGCCUUAAUAUCUAUUACAGACCCUACAAACGUUCCCUAAGUCCUUUUGCACCUUUGUUUGGAAUAGAAAAAUCUAUGGUGUAAAUUUAAUAUGACCUUACCCAGAGAUCUUACAUAUGCAAAAUAGCUAAAUCUUCGUGAAAGAGACUUUCUUCGCUUCGGUUAUCAGAAAAUGGUUCCUUUCUGAUCGGUGCUGUCUCGCUACAAUGUUCGUUUUAGGCUCCACAGUGGAGCCUUAUUCACAUAUCUAGGACGGCGCUGCUGUUGCUACACACGCAAAAAUCCUAGACAUUAGCACUUUCGAAAGGUCCAUUCACCUGAUUGAAACCGAAUCUUUCACUGACAUGUUAUAGAUCAGUUACUGUUCAAAUAUUUAAUACAAGUCGUAUCAACAAUCAAAUUACAAUUUACUCUGCGGUGAGGAAGACAUUGGCGCUAAAGCUAAUGUCGUUUUAAUAAUGCCUGAAAGUAGGGGAGAGAACUCCAGGCUUGUUUUUCUUCUUUUUUUCGUUCAUAGAGUUACUCUUGUUACAUCUGGCUUCCUUGUACUGUGAAAUAAAACGGAACGUGAAGAAACGUGGGGAAAAAUCUCAGGGCAAUUCAACAAGAGCUAUAUCCCUUGUGCAAGUAAACCUGCUCUAUUGACAAAUACAUGAUUACCUGCUCCUUUUUUUUUUCUGACUUGUGGAUAUAUAAAAUUUUCUUGGUUUUCGAGGGGAUUUCUACACUGAACGUGGCGACCCUUUGACGACGGAUGUGUCAACAAUGACACGACAUGGACUUUUGGAUGGAUCGCAGCGAAUUUCGGAAGAAGAAAAUAUCCCUUGUAUAUCAAGUUGUCUAAAUACAUGUAUUUCCCUAAAAUCAAAAAUACAUUUAAACGACACUCCACGCACAGGACUAUGAAAGAAAUUGAAAUUUUGAAAUGAGCCUGGCCAUCUAGAGAGUCACUGAACCCGCUGGAAACGACAGCGAAAUUUCUUUCAAAUUACACCCUACUCUGUGUGUGUGGUCUUUUUUUUUUUUUUUCAAUGGAAGGAGACAUCCGAUGACGUACAGCAUGUCCAGGAAAAAAUACGGUAUAAUCAUGGCUGAAAAUUUUUGAUUAUGGAUUAUGGCAAGUUUAGGGGUUAAACGUCAACUACAAACUCCAGUUUCGCCUCUUCUACCAAUACGCCCCCCCCCCUCUACAAACAUCACCACAACCAACAACACGACCACCGAAUCAGCCAGAGAUCCUUUACAUGGUCAUCGAACAUGUUAGAAACAACAGUUAAAUCUCCCUGAAAUCGCACCCUAGAAGAACAAAAGAAUACAUUGAAUUUUGUAGUCCUAGAUACACUAUGUUUGUGAAGCAAAAGAAAAAAAGACUAGAUGAUCACAAGAGGAGAACAUUUAAUCAUAGGUCUUGUCAUUCAGAACUGACAUAGGACUAAACAACUGUACAAAAACAGCUAUACAUUAUUUCAAAAUUAUUCCUAUUUAAUAAUCUACUGAAACUUUUCAACAUUUAUAUCGAUAUAUCUAUAGAAGUCAAAAUAUAAACAGCAUAAAUUUUCACGGGUAAAACAUUUUAAGACAAUGUUUUUCAAUAAUAUACUUUCACGUGUUUCAUUCAGAAAACAUCACAUCUAGAGUCAUCAAACACUCUGAUUAAUAUAUAUAUAUAUGAAGUUCCAAUGUUCUCUACAUUAAACACCUUACAACUUACUUAAACUUUGUAAUAUAAAACUACAAACUCUGCCUUUAAAUACGUUGAGUACUUUUUCGAUUUGCGAGCACCUUUACUUUAUGAUUAAGGAUACUUGUACCACACACAUUCAUCUAUAUCGCGUGUGUGUGUGUGUGUGUGUGUGCGUGCGUGCGCACGCCUGCGUAUAUGUGUGUCUAUCUGUGUGCGUGUGUGCUAUAAGAUGUAUUCUACACGGUUAAACUAUGAACAAAGUUUGCUGAAACAUAACCAAUAUCUAUCCAUCCAU